AUGGACAGGUGCAUGUGCUGCUGCGCUCCGUGCAAACCACGAUAUCGUAGGCUGUUGACGUUUUUUGCGAUCUCGCGACCUGAGAAACUCGACCGAAUUGGCGAAUAUAUUGUUGCACGGCUGGCAAGGGACCUGUACCAUCAGCGAUACAAUCAAGUGAAGAUAUCGGUGGAAGCGAUGGAUCAGCUGUUGCAGAGUUGUCACGACCUCUCAAGCUUGAAUCAGUUCAUUGGGCACUUCCUUAGGAUGCUACAGAAAUUGCUGGAAACAAAUGAUUUCCAGAUGGAGAAAUUGGCAACGGAUUCAUUUGUGAACUUCGCGAACAUCGAAGAGAAUACCCCAGCGUACCACCGCGAAUAUGACUUUUUCAUUUCCAAAUUUGCCUCAAUGUGCCAUGCCAAUAGCAGCAGCCAGAAUGCAAAGGAUGUGCGAUAUGCUGGCUUACGUGGCUUGCGAGGUGUUAUGUGGAAAUCGGCCACCGACCCGCUGCAGACAAGCAUUUGGGAGAAGGAACAUAUGGACAAAAUUAUUCCUUCCAUUCUUUUCAAUCUUCAAGACGAUGAAGAUUCGGGAGAUGUGCGAGAAAAGGGUAAGCGCUUCUCGAUCAUUGAUCAGCCUUAUCCGAUGGAUGGCGUCGCAGAAAGCCCGAAAGCUCUUGCCGACCAGUUCCUACGCGUAAAGGAUCCAAGCUUUGUUAUUCAGGCGUUAAUAACACAUUUGGAAAACAUGUCAACUUCGAAUGCAUCCGUACGCAUUGGUAUUGCGAUUGUUCUGUCCAGUAUUGUCUCCGUUGCUGGAACCAGCAUUGGCCCGUCAUUAAUAGGCAUAUUUAAUUCUCUAUUGAAACAUCUACGUCAGUCGGUGGAAUUUCAACAGACCAAAGAGUGCCCCUCAGAGGCGCAAGAGAAAAUAUAUCAGGAAUCACUGAUCAACGCUAUGGGUGAUUAUGCUUACGCGUUGCCCGACUACCAGAAGGUCGAAAUUAUGCUAUUUAUAUCAGCCAAUAUUCCGAAUCUCGGUAAGGAUAGUCGCGUUCUGAAGCCAAGUGACGCUUUUCUUCAACAUAUUCUCGUCAAAACGCUCCUCAAGGUAGCCACGAAGUAUAAAACGGGAUUCAUGUCAACGAUUUUUGCAAACAAUUUUCCAAACACCCUCUUGCGACUGGCUGUAUCUGCUGAUCCAGUCACACGCUUGGAUACCCAGAAUAUCUUUCACACAUUGCUGGAC